CGGGGCGGGGAGGGGGCGUGCGGGGGGACGGAGCGCAGAGCAUCUUUGGCGCUCGCUGCCGCCGGGCUCCGUACCCGCUCCUCCUCCCUGUCGCGUGUGCGCCCUCCGCCAGGAGCCGGCCCGCUCCCACCCUCCUCCCGGCGAUGUCGUCUCCGUCGUCCGGGGAUCGGUAUGAAGAAGAGGAGGAGGAGGACGGCGCCUACGAGAGCCAGGCCAAGCGGCUGAAGCCCAGCGCGGCCGCCGAGGAAGGCGAGAUCGAGUACAGCGGCGCCGAGGAGAGCGAGAGCCGGCGGGACAAGGUUCCCCCGCAGCGCGGAGGCGGCUUUUCGGGCGGGGAUGCAGGGGGAAGUCAUCACAAAGUCUCUGUUUCUCCUGUCGUCCACGUCCGAGGGCUGUGUGAAUCAGUUGUGGAAGCAGAUCUUGUGGAAGCUCUGGAAAAGUUUGGAACCAUAUGUUAUGUCAUGAUGAUGCCGUUUAAACGUCAGGCUCUGGUAGAGUUUGAAAAAGUAGAAAGUGCCAAGAAGUGUGUGACGUUUGCAGCAGAUGAACCUGUGUACAUUGCGGGGCAGCAAGCUUUUUUCAACUACUCGACAAGUAAAAGGAUUACUCGGCCGGGGAACACCGACGACCCAUCUGGUGGAAAUAAAGUUCUCCUGUUGUCAAUCCAGAAUCCUCUCUACCCAAUUACAGUGGAUGUCUUGUAUACUGUGUGCAACCCUGUUGGCAAAGUUCAGCGCAUUGUUAUAUUCAAGAGGAAUGGAAUACAAGCUAUGGUUGAGUUUGAAUCAGUUUUUUGUGCCCAGAAGGCGAAGGCAGCACUCAAUGGAGCAGAUAUCUAUGCAGGAUGCUGUACACUAAAAAUUGAAUAUGCAAGGCCCACUCGACUUAAUGUCAUUAGAAACGACAACGAUAGUUGGGACUACACUAAGCCGUAUCUGGGCCGACGAGACAGAGGGAAGGGACGCCAGAGACAAGCUAUUCUGGGAGAGCACCCAUCGUCAUUUAGACAUGAUAGUUAUGGUUCACAUGGUCCUUUGUUGCCAUUACCAAGUCGUUACCGAAUGGGAUCUCGGGACACUCCCGAACUUGUUGCUUAUCCGUUGCCCCAGGCAUCAUCCUCAUACAUGCAUGGUGGAAAUCCUUCUGGAUCAGUUGUCAUGGUUAGUGGGUUGCAUCAGCUAAAGAUGAACUGUUCAAGGGUCUUCAACCUUUUCUGCUUGUAUGGAAACAUUGAGAAGGUGAAAUUUAUGAAGACUAUUCCAGGCACAGCACUGGUUGAAAUGGGUGAUGAAUAUGCUGUAGAAAGAGCUGUCACACAUCUCAACAAUGUCAAGUUAUUCGGAAAGAGACUUAACGUGUGUGUUUCUAAGCAGCAUUCAGUAGUUCCAAGCCAGAUAUUUGAGCUGGAGGAUGGCACGAGUAGCUAUAAGGAUUUUGCAAUGAGUAAGAAUAAUCGGUUCACCAGUGCUGGCCAAGCAUCUAAGAACAUCAUCCAACCACCCUCUUGUGUUCUGCAUUAUUAUAAUGUUCCCCUGUGUGUAACUGAAGAAACAUUUGUGAAGCUAUGUGAGGAUCAUGAAGUUCUCAGCUUUAUUAAAUACAAAGUGUUUGAUCCAAAACCCUCUGCCAAAACACUCUCUGGCCUGCUGGAAUGGGAAUGUAAGACAGAUGCUGUGGAAGCUCUCACUGUACUUAAUCACUACCAGAUAAGAGUCCCAAAUGGCUCUAACCCUUAUACCUUGAAGCUUUGCUUCUCUACUUCAUCACAUUUAUAGAGAAGAGGACUGCAUGUUAAGAGCUACAUUCACCUUGAUUUGCAAGUUUGAAACUACACUUCGUUCACAAAGCUCUAAAGUGGUUGCUCUAACGUUGCCUUGUUUCAACUUAAUUCUAAUAUCUUUUAUCUUGUUUUAUAAUAAAUGGAUGUUCAUUCUUAAAUACAAAACAGAUUUUUCUUUUUGCCUCUCUGAAGUACAUGUUGUAAGCUUACUACGAAGUUUGUAUUUUGUUGGUGUAGUAUCUGCAGAUGUCUAAAGAAAAUCCAGUAGCGUAAACAAGGCAGUGUACCUUUCAGACUUCAAAAUGUCAGUUGUUUUCUUCCAAAAUGGAAAUAUAUUUGCAUUUUCAAUGAUGUUAAAGCUUAGCAAGUAUUUUUCAGUUGUAGUGGGCAGAUAGAACUGUUACAUCAGAAUUUUAAAUGUAGAAUCUGUUUUUCAGUAUGUUAAGUAGUGAAGUAUGUUGCAAUUCUAAAAAUCUUGUAUUUAUAAAAUGCUUUCAUCAGGUUAAUGUUGCACAUACAGAACUUUUAAUAGUAUGGACUUACUUGAUUUAUAGUUUAAAAAAAAAGCUAACAGAAAAUUAUUACAUAUACAUAUGUAUGGUGUGAAUUCAUGCUUAUUUAAAGUGUUGUUUUUAAAAAACAAACAAACCUAUUUUCCGUCUGCAUUAGCAUGAUGACAUCUAUAACCAGUCCCACCAUAGGGGCCUUUUUAAAAUUAAAAUUGCAAGCCUGUAUCAAUGUGUUCAUCCUCAUUUUCCAUAACUUUAAAUCUUUGGUGUUAACAUUAUCUUCUUGAUAUCUUUUUCAAUAGUUAUUAUGACUUAUUAAACUUAGAAAAGUUGGCUAGUUGAGAACAGAAGAUUGAUCACAAUAGAAACCAAGGUGGUGGAAAAAAGUUAAAACAAAAAGCAAGCCCACGGUACUCUUAUACCUGGAUUGUUAAUUUUAUGUACACUGGAUGCUUAUAUCAAUGUUUUCUUUUGUCUGAUAUCUCUUAUUUCUAUUAUGAUGAUGAAAGGAUACAUGGGGUGAAUAGAAUGGCUAGCUUCUCACUUGAACUGUGGUGAUGUAGGUAGGGUUCAGGUAAUACAACUCUAUCAUGCGAUGUGAAACUAAGGAGAUGAGAGAUCUUUCACUUUGGGGAAGAUUUGUGUUGCACCAGCGCUUUGGAGCCUCUGUUCUCUCCUCUAGAACUGGUGCUUCAUUGUAUUUGGGCUCAACCCUCAGGGAUGGGAAUCCAGGGAGGGAGUCUGGGAUCUGUUGUUGCAGGCCUCAUGUUUGCUCCCCCAUCUGAAUUUGCAGCAGUUAGUGCUCUUUUAGUUUUGCUCUUAGAGAUCAAAGAGAAAUUGUUUCAUCACGUUUUCUUUUAUCAUGCAAGUUCUUCAUUCCAUCUUUAUUGGUUUUAUCUGUAUCCAUACAAGACAUAUUAAUGCGGUGUGCUUGCCCUUGAGAGCACGUUGUUAUGUCUACAGACUGGGGGCACUGCACGUGCUUUUAAAGACCAACUCGAAUUUCCUCAUUCUUAAUUUGAAGACAAAUACACAUAAUUAUACCAGGAAAAAUGUGUCAACUGUCCUUUGGCUUUUCUCAUCAACUAUAAUUGAUUUUCCUCCUGCCUACCUCCGUUUUAUUCAUCUUUCAGAUAACAAAUAUUUCAUGAAUUCAAAGCAGGCUUUUAACACGUUUGAACUGGGAGAUGGAGGCUGCUUAGUGCCUCUUUCUGUCUAGAGUAUGGAAUAAUACUGCCUUGCUGUAUGGAAGAUGGCAAACUGGCUUGCAUUUUAGGGGCACUGCUAGCAUUCUUUCUGCCUUAGUGUUUCCCCCUCAGAAACAGCGUUUAGUGAGCUCUAGCCUGGAAGGCUGGGUGCCAAGUCCAGCUACUUGCCAACACAACUGCUGGGUACUAGUGAAAUGUUCUGUGCUGCAUUGUUUUUUAACUGUAAAAGGUCUCUCUGUCAUUAAUUUAUCUUCCAUCAGAAUGUUCUGCAAAUACCAGUUUCUUUUGUCGUAAGUUGCAUUGCUUUGUUUCAGAAUCAAAUUGUUUAUGUUUGAGCAUUGAAAAUGGCACGUUAUCUGUUGGUCCACUUUGGGAUGUAGGAAGUGACCCUAAAAGCAUUCAGGUUUCUUUAAAAAAAAAAAAAAAAGAAAAAAGAAAAAAAAAAGAAAAAGAAAAAAAAGCACUUUAAUGUUUCCAUGUCCUUCAUGGAUCCCAGCAUUCAGUGCCUAAGAUGCUCAGGGGAAUGGUAUUUUUCUUGUGGCUGCUCAGAUCAGUCAGCAGACAUACCAGUUCUGGGUGAUAUCAGCUGGAAGUCCCUAUUUUGCAAAAUGAGUAGCCUGUCAUAUGGGGAAGAAAAGACAAGAGUCUAAGGAACUGCUCAGCAUUCUUUCUACGUCAAAUAAUAAUCUUCAUGUAAAAGUUGAGAACGUGAAAAAUUCCUUGUUGGUAUUUGGCUGUUUAAAAAAAAAAGUCAUUUCCGGGCCCUCCAGGGCUGGCUGGUUGUUCUCAGGGAGGAAUGAGGUUGGUCUCCUCCUUCCAGAAAUAAGGUCUGUAUUCACCUAUAAUUUGGGAUAGAGACAAAGCAGUGAAGCAAGUAAAGAGUUUCUCCAACAGGAAUGAAGUUUGUAAUUCGUCAGCCACCCACUUACCGUAUUUGUUGAUCAAAACUAAAGUAUUGAGGUCUCUCAAUGCAAUUUUUCUGUCCCUUUUGCAUAAGCCAUAUAUGCAAAAUAGUGAACAAUGCUAUGCAUGUUUCCUGCUUGCAAGCAGCUUGCAUUCACACUGUAAUAUAUUCACGUCUGUUCCAAUGUUUUAAAAAAAAAAAGUUAUAUUUUCUAAUCAAUAACCUUUCAUUGGAAGUAAAUGAUAUACUGGGAGAUUUGUUCAUCUUCUCUCACCAUACUCAUAUUUUUGUUUUAACUUAUUUCCCCUUGUAAGGAGGAAUUGAAAUGAGUUGCUUUUUGAUUUUUCUAUACCACCACAGCAAGAUGGAGUGCUAAGGUGAUAUAAGAAAAGAUUUAAAAGAAAAUGUUCAGGAAAUGUUUGAGUGUUUUACUUUAUGAAAGGAAUUAUGAAACUUAAUAUGUUGUCACUAAGUCUGUCUUUGAGUAAGGGAUAGUAUGGGGUAAGCUGGCUUGUAACUGGCUGAAACCCUCUGUUGUAAUUAAAUUUAACUUGCUCCUUUUCCUAUUGUGUGUUUUCUUGUAAACAGAGCUUGAACGUGUUUAAAUGUUUUGAUGACUUAGCAGGAGAUGUUCAGUCUCUUCUUUUAAGUAGUUCAUUGAAGUCUGAGAGUAUGAAUGCACUUUCUCAAUUUAUUUUUCUCCUCCUGGAAUCUGUUUAAGUAUCUUCUGGGUUUUCUUAUCUUCUUUUGAAAAUACGUUAUGUUCUUACAUGUAGAAACUUCCGUAUUUUUGGACAAUCCAGUUUUGUAUGUCUACCCAAUCUCUUGGUUUAUUCUCUUUUGGCAAUUACAGAGGUGAAAUUACAAAUAAUCUUGUUUGCAUUGGUAUGGCUUUGGCCAGAAAUAGCAUGCAAGAAGGCAUACAGAAAUAAAAACUGUUUAUGGGCUCCA